AUGGCCUUUCAUAAACGACAGGAAACGCCCUCAGGACUCAAACAGACACAGCCCGAAGCCAAGAAGAAGCGUGGUCGACCGAAGAAGCGCACCGAGGAAGAGUCUGACAUUGAAAUCAUUCUGUUGGUCGGUAGCAGAAGUGAUGGUACACCGGACUACCGCGCGAUAGAGGAUGCACCAGCUGAGCUUCAGUCCUUCAUCCUCGAGUCUUUCAAGGCCGCCUACUGCGACACAAGAGAUCAUAAGAACUCAUAUAUGAACAUUGUGGCGAUGGAGAACCGAGAUGAAUCUGCAGCAUCGCCGAGAUGUAUCAAUAUGUGA